AUGUUGCUGGUCUCCGUUCUCACCACCAUUGCGGCCGUUAGCGGCGUCAAUGCCGCCUCGUCCUUUUCUUCAUCCCAGGACGGCCGCUACCAGUUCACCUCGGUCCAGGCUCCUGUCCUAGGCGCUGGCAACCCCGGUAUUCGAGACUGGCAGUUGUUCAUCAAGGAGAAGUCCGGUCGCAAGCAAACCGUCAAGGGCUUUGGUGCUGCUGUCACCGAUGCUACCGUUGCUGCCUUCAACAAGCUCAAUGCCAACUCUCGCACUCAGCUGUUCAACGACCUGAUGACCUCUUCGGGUCUCAACUUUAACUUGCUGCGUCACACCGUUGCUAGCUCGGAUCUUUCUGCUGAUCCCGCUUACACUUAUGAUGAUGCUGGUGGCAAGGUUGACACCGGCAUGGUCAACUUCAACCCGGGUGAUCGUGGUAAGGCCAUGAUCAGCAUGCUGGCCAACUUCCGUAAACUGCAGCCCAACUUGACUAUUCUUGGUUCUCCCUGGUCACCUCCUGGGUGGAUGAAGGUCAAGAACUCUCUGAUUGGUGGCGGUACUGCCAACAACAAGCUCAACCACGCCUACGAGAACGCCUAUGCCCAGUACUUUGUCAAGUACAUCCAGGCUUAUGAGGCUGGCGGUGCCCACAUUGACGCCAUCACCCUCCAGAACGAGCCCCUGAACAACAAGGACGACAUGCCCACCAUGCUUAUCCAGCAGGAUGAGUCUGGUGCUCUGAUCCGCGACAAGGUUGGCCCUGCUCUGCGUGCUGCCGGCCUCAACACCCAGAUCUGGGCUUGGGACCACAACCAGGACGUCUACUCUUACCCCCAGACUGUUAUGAACAUGGCUAGCCAGUACGUCCAGGCUGCUGCUUGGCACUGCUAUGCCGGUAACUCCCCUGAUAACUGGACUCCUCUCACUCAAUUCCACAACGAGUUCCCCAACAAGGAACAGUACAUGACCGAGUGCUGGACUGCCGUUGGCACCACCGACUGGAUCCACAGCUCCAGCUUCGCCCUGUUCCCUCUCCAGAACUGGGCCAACGGUAUCAUCGCCUGGACCCUUGGUUCCUUCACCGGCGGUGGCCCUGCCCUGUCCGGCGGCGGCAACUGCCACCAGUGCACCGGUCUCGUCACCGUCAGCGCCGAUGGUAGCAGCUACAAGAAGGAGAUUGACUACUACAUGCUCGGUCAGUUCAGUAGGUACAUCCCCAAGGGCGCCGUUGUUGUCGACGGCUCUGGCAGCUGGCUGUUCGACCCCAACACCGGAGUCGAGUCUGUUGCCACCAUCAACCCCGAUGGCACCCGCACGGUCGUCAUCCAGAACCGAUAUGGCGACGAUGUCUGGGUCCGCCUUGCCACCGAGUCUGAGAGCCAGACCUGGAACGCUCGUGUUCCCGGUCACUCCGUGACUACCUGGCUGCUGCCCAAGGCUUAAGCGUGGGGAGGGUUGAGAAAAUAGCAUGUGAUGAAAUGAUUGAUGUGAAAUGAAGAAGAGAUGAGAGUGUGGAAGCACUGUAUAUAUCUAGCUUCGUCUGUAUAUAGACAACUUGAGUACAUGUAACUGCCCAAAUGAAUACACAUAUAUAUAUGGU